UAAAAAUUAAAAACUCGAUAUAUUUGCUAAAUAUUUUAUUUCUAGAGCAGAACAGUCUUCUUGAUUUAUGUUUUACUUGUGAUAUUUAUUAUAAAUAAUAUUAAUUCUAAUAAUUAUUAAUGACAAUGGCUGAUAUAAUAGAUAAUGAAGAAAUUGACAAGGAUACUGUAGAAUCGAAGGAUUUAGAACAGAUUUUUAAUAAAAAAUAUAGCUUAAUGUGUGAGACCGCUGUAUCUCUCAAGAAGUCGUAUCUGAAUAAAUUAUCUGGUGUCAAAUCUCUACAAUUUGCUGUUGGUUUAUCAGAUAAUAGUAUUGAAGUGUAUCAGUUGAAUAACACAUCAUUACUGAAGGUUUGUCGGCUCAGCGGGCACCAGAAGACUCUUACGGAGGUGGUGUUUAGCCCUAAGGAGGACCACAUAUUAUAUUCAGCAGGUCAAGACGGACUACUGAAGAUGUGGGACACGAGGACUAGUGGCAGCUGUGUACAGGAGUAUAAAGAUGAAGAUGAGGAGUUCACAAAGCCAUAUGACUGUAUGGAUGUGUCCUGUAACGGACGAGUGAUGUGUGCCGGCAGUCAGGUCGUGCAGGACGAUGCCUAUCUUGUAUUCUGGGACCAGAGGAACACCAGUCCACUCGGAGGUUACUGGAACUCCCACACAGAUGAUAUAUCUCAGGUCAAAUUCCACAAAGAAAAAACUGAAAUAUUGGCGACAGGAUCACUGGAUGGUCUCACAAAUGUAUUCAAUAUUAUGGAACAAAAUGAAGACGAUGCACUGUUAUAUUCACUGAAUAUUGAGAAUUCAGUUGAAAAGAUAUCGUGGCUGGACGCGACGCAGGUGGCGUGUGUGACGCAGUCAAAUGACCUGCAGGUGUGGGACACGGAUACUGGGGACCUGAUUAGAAGUUAUAGUAGAGACAAAAUUGCUAAGAGCAUCAAGCGAAGUAAAGGAGACGACUCCUACUUGGUGGAUACGUUUAUGUCAGCAGACAACACGCCAGUUCUGUUGGCGGGCUCCUGUGCAGGCAACGGUAAUGUAUUACGAUCGGUGGGAAUAACGGAGAAGAAGCUGCAGCCGAACACCAACUUCGAGGAGAACAAGCAGAUCGUGCGGUGCUGCUGGUACGAGAAAGACAGUGACAUCCUAGUGACUACUGGAGAGUCCGGUGUGAUAAGUGUAUGGCAUGGAGCAACCGCCGCGGCAGUGAACGGCGGAGCUUCCAGCAAAUUGACCAGCUCCCUCAAAAAACUACAUGCAAACAGACAUAAACCUUAUUAAUAUACAAU